UCGUCAGACAACGUUCGGGCUUCGCGAGACUCAGCCAAAGCGCCAAAGAGUCGGAGAGACGCAGCCAGAGGAGCGGAAGCGUUUUCACCUGCGGUUGUCGUGCAGGAUAACAUGAAUGGGACCAUGCUGUUCCCGCCGCCCAUCAGCAGAGAUAGGGCCAUUGGGGACUUCCCUAAGUCCUACACUCCUGAGGCUUCUUUGCAGCUGAAGACAGACUGGGACGCUCAGACUAAAGCAGCAUGUAAAGACAGAGCGACCAGACAUCUACCGUGGGACCGGCAGAAAAUGUCAAAGGUGGUGCUUGUUGGAGACCUCAGUGUGGGAAAGACCUGCAUCAUCAACAGGUUUUGUAAAGACGUAUUUGAAAGAGACUACAAAGCCACCAUAGGAGUGGACUUUGAGAUUGAGAGGUUUGAAAUAUCCGGAGUGCCUUUCUCCCUGCAGAUAUGGGAUACUGCGGGGCAGGAAAAGUUCAAGUGUAUUGCGUCUGCGUACUACAGAGGUGCUCAGGUCAUUAUCACGGUCUUUGACAUGGCAGACAUCAAGUCUCUGGAUAGUACGUGCAAGUGGUUAGAGGAGGCCUUGAGAGAAAACGAGCCAGACUCAUGCUUCAUCUUCUUGGUCGGUAAUAAGAGUGACCUGCUGCCCUCAGAGGAAAGGCAGCGGACAGAAAAGGAUGCCAUUCGGUUGGCGACAGAACUACACGCAGAGUUUUGGGCGGUGUCAGCUAAAACAGGGGAGAAUGUGCAGGGGUUUUUCUUCAGAGUGGCAGCUUUGGCUUUCGAGAAGUGCAUUCUGAAGGACAUGGAGAACGCGAUCCCUGCUAGCAUCGGAAGAGGAGAUGCUAUCAAGUCAGAUCUUGCCAGGUUGGAUGAGGCCACAUCCCAAGAGAAGAAAAGCUGCUGCUGAUGAACAGAGGAACUGAGAAGUGUUCCAGAACAGAAACUGUUCCGAGUUCCAGCUGCACAACAUUUAAGUCCUCAGUAACGUGCCUUCGGAUACAUUGUGUUUCUUAUAUGAAGGGGCUAUAUGUCAGAAAUGUAUUGUAUUAUGUCGAAAAAUUACCAUGAUAUGUCAUUAGAGAUUAAGGAAACAUGUUUAUUGAAAUACUGGCUUCACUGAUAAAGAUGUAGUCAGUUUGUUCACAAUUUUAUUUUCAUUUUGUGGGCCAUUUUGGUCUGUUGCUCCACCCACUGCCACCCACCCAACACAGGUCAUAGCUCGGUCCCCCAAGGUUUGGUGCUUGGUUCUGGUGAUGGGGGGUCAGGAGGUUGGAAUCAACAAAUGUAAUGUUUUUAUCGUCCGUCAUUGUCGCUUGUCUCAGAAAUAUUAAUGAUAUUAAUAAAAUAAAAGUCAGAAUGUGGAUAUCCACUAAGCCCUGGAUAUUUAUCUUAACCCUAACCAAAGUUCCUUUCAUGGCCCCGACCUUAACCUUUCUCUAAUAGAAUGUACCGUAUAUCCACUGUUGGCUCAACCACUUAAUAUACAUAUUUUGCAUAUAUCCCCUUUAAACUAAGCAGGCAUGUAUGCUGAUGUUUUUGGAAGUCGCUGGCCAGACAUUGUGAAAAAUUAAUCUAAUGUAAUUACUGAUAUUUGGUCAAAAAGUUUAAUUUUAGCUCAUGGUACAAAAAUAACACAUUUUACCAACAAUGUCCCAAUUGCACAAUUUUUCUUCACUGCUGUAAUAGUGUUUGUUUGUUUGAUACAGUAUUGUAGUGGAAUAUUGACUUCUCCAUGAUCCACCAAGUUCAGUGGCUGCAGUCACGUACGCAGCAGCUGAACCAAAUAUUUGUUCCACUUUUCAUAUUUAAACCGUCAUAAAAGUGUAAGCAAGCCUGCUACUAACUAUCAUUCUAACAUUAACAUGUAAAAUCUUUAAAUAGAGAAAACAGGACAACAGGCGAUCUGUUGAAAGCAGCUGUGCAUUGAAGACAACAGUAUUUUGUUAUUUAAUGAAGUAGUUUUUUUUCAGCUGACAGAACUGUUUUAUUUGGAUAAUAUUUGAGAUUAUUAUGUAUGGAUAUGCAUAUGUACGACAUGGUGCGGACAUGAGUUAAAUAUAAAGUAGUAUAAAUUUGAUGUAGGCAGUUUGUGAAAACCCCUAAAUUCUAUGAUCACAUGUGUGAAGAAGUCUGUUAGUGCACUAAUGUUUUCAGAAAGUCAAACAAUAAAGUGUCUCUCUGCAAAAUGGAAAA